GAAUAGACGUUCUUAUUCUUUACGAACUCGGAAGUCCGCAGCAGAGAAUUCUCUUGCUUCACCAGGAAACUCAUGACAACAACUAUGGCUGCCUCCUGCUCGUUGGUGUGUUGUGGAGAGGAGAGAGGCUCCGAUAAAGCUGUUAUCGUCCAGUUUUCUAACGGCCGCGUCAAAAAUGCAGACAAACUGGAUUUCACCAUGUACAAGAACACAGAUGAGAGAAACCCCAGGAAAAAGAGCCGGCGGAUAUUGGUCGCUGAAUCAGACAGACUGUCCUAUGUUGGAAACAAUUUUGGAACGGGGUCCUUGAAAUGCAACAACCUUUGCCAAUAUUAUGUGGGAGUGCUGAACAAGCAGACCAUGCAGAUGGAGGUGCACAGUGCUCAGCUCUUCAACAUGCAACCUCAUAUACCAGGAGAGACAACAGACAGCGCAAAAGCUCAGGACACUACUCUGACCUACAGAGACAAGGUCGACUCUUUGAUUGAGGCGUUUGGCACCAACAAACAGAAGAGAGCUCUGAGCUCCCGCAGGCUCAAUCAAGUGGGGAGUGACACGCUGCAGCAAGCGGUGGCUAAGGCUGCCAACACGGUGAUUGACCAGAAGGGACUGGAAGCUCUACAACAGGAAGUGGCAGAGACAGAGUCCCAGGCAGAGCUGGCUCUCCACCUGCCUCCCUGCACUGCAGACGCUGACAAACCUGAGAACGUCUACGCGUUUGACGAUCUCCUGAGUCCUGUAGAGUUUGGGGCGCUGGAACAGGCUGGUUCAAAGAUGGCAGCUCUCACCUCAGAGGAGCUGCAGAAGAUGAGAGAUGAUGGAGGGCGCUUGUGUGUUGUGAAGCUCCUGGAGAGCAUGCCAACUGCAAGUGACACCAGAGACAAAACAUCACGCGGUGCCUUUUAUCUUUCUCUGCUCCUCAACCUGGCACGGCAGAAAAGCAUCAGCCGCAAGUUUGGACAGGAGGAAGGCUGUCCUCGCAUCAUUCUGAAUAAACUGAUGAAAACAUUCACUGUGGAGACUUUCAACAAUGGCAGGAUCCAGAACAUGGUGUCUUCAUCAAUGCGUGCAAAGCUAGCAGCAUACUCGCUGGCCCUGCUGUUGCAUUUGGGUCACAUGACUGCUGACCUCACAUUACUGCACCGUGACCUGGGCAUCACUGAGGCCAAGAUAAUUGAAGUUGCGAAAUCAAUGGGACUGACCCUGAUUAGACCAGCCCGGGUGAAGUCUGAUGAGGCCGGACUGCGAGACGACCACAGUCAGGCUUCUCUUGUACUGCCAUUGGUCAAGUAUGACCAGUUCAUGGAGAGACGGAAACGCAAGAAAAUGCACUAAAGGUCAAGAUAGGAAGAGACGAGAAGGGGAUACAGAGAAAACUGAAAAUGCCACACGCACACGAGGACUUUAUUAAUGCAUUUUGUAGACAAAUAAAAUGGUGAACUUUGA